UUAAGUUAUUUAACAUUGAGCUUCUUCUUCUUUUCAAUUUUUGAUGCUGGCUCCGAGAAUCAAGAAACGAAACUAUGGUUUUGUUUUAACCAAAAAUGUCUGUCUCUCUUCUGAGAAACACUGCGUUUCUUCCCUCAAUCUCACUUGGAAUUCAAACCAUUUCCUCAGCCAAAAUGCGAAGAACACGAAGUUCCCUCAACCAAGAAACCCCUUCUCAGAAAAACCCAGGUUGUGAUGGCACAGGUGGAAGCUCCGUUCCUGAACUCCGUGUUUUCAUCCGAAGAAAGAGAGUUAAAAAGACUGUGGAAGUCAUAGCCAAAGAGGUCAAGGAAGAAUCUUCUGGCAAAAAAGUUAUGCUUGUUAGACUGCCUGAUAUAGAGGAUUUUUCCUAUUCGAAGGACAUUACACAUCCCCAGUCAACACCUUCCAAAACUGUGCGUUUGACAGGAGAAAAAACUCUACCCCAGUUGAUGCAAACAGAAAUUAAAGGCUUCAGUCUAUCUGAUCCACUACAACCACCGUCGAACUGGGAAAAAGUCCUUGAAGGGAUCCGUAAGAUGAGAUCUGCAGAAGAUGCACCUGUAGACUCCAUGGGUUGUGAGAAAGCUGGGAGUUCACUUCCUGCCAAGGAAAGAAGAUUUGCAGUCCUUGUAUCAUCACUCUUAUCAAGCCAGACCAAAGAUCAAGUUAAUCAUGGAGCUGUCCAGCGUCUCCUUCAAAAUGGCUUGCUUGCUGCAGAUGCCAUUGACUCAGCCAAUGAAGAAACAAUCAAGAGUUUGAUAUAUCCAGUGGGGUUUUACACACGAAAAGCUAGCAACCUGAAAAAAGUAGCAAAAAUUUGUCUAUCAAAAUACAAUGGGGACAUCCCUAGUUCAUUGGAAGAAUUGCUUCUGCUCCCAGGAAUUGGUCCCAAGAUGGCUCAUCUAGUUAUGAAUGUUGCAUGGGAAAACGUCCAAGGGAUAUGUGUAGAUACUCAUGUGCAUCGUAUUUCUAAUCGGCUUGAAUGGGUAUCACGUCCUGGAACUAAGCAGAAAACGAGAACCCCUGAGGAGACUAGGGAGUCCUUGCAACUUUGGCUUCCAAAGGAAGAAUGGGUGCCAAUCAAUCCUCUCUUGGUUGGGUUUGGUCAGACCAUUUGUACUCCUUUAAGACCACGUUGUGCAAUCUGUACAGUAAGUGAUCUCUGCCCAUCAGCAUUCAAAGAGGCAGCAAGCCCAUCGUCCACACCCAAGAAGUGACAUCUGAUGGAAUUUCAUCAAGUUUUGCAGUGAGGGCACAGUUUUCUCCCAUAACAAUACUAUUUUUUACUUGAGCAAUAGACAAAUUUUGUGCUCUUAGCUCAUAUUUUGUCCGUGUUUUUCGUUCUUUUUCUUGAUGGGCUGGAAAGAAAACGCUUGGUUUUGUUUGGUGGAAGGAUGUGGAUAAGUUGAAAACUGGCAAAGUACAUUCUGUAAAAUUAGUUCCAUUUUGUACAGUUCACUAUCCUGCAAUGCAUGGAGGUAGUAAGAUCAUGUUUUGGUUUGAUAUCAAGGGAAAGUUUUUCCAAGCUAA